UACAACUCCCAGAACACCCCGCGGUCGACCACCGGCUUCCGGUGCUGCGCAGUUUCCGGAGCGGAUCGCAACCCGGAGUCCGGAUCCGAUCCCGCUCGGCACAUUCCAAAGGUGCCGGCGAUGGCGGAGGAUGGCAGCGAGGAGAUCAUGUUCAUCUGGUGUGAGGACUGCAGCCAGUACCACGACUCUGAGUGUCCUGAGCUGGGCCCGGUGGUCAUGGUCAAAGACUCCUUUGUGCUGAGCAGGGCCAGGUCAUCCCUUCCUUCCAACUUGGAAAUCCGACGGCUGGAAGACGGAGCCGAAGGCGUGUUUGCCGUCACGCAGCUCGUCAAGCGGACGCAGUUCGGUCCGUUCGAGUCGAGGAGAGUGGCCAAGUGGGAGAAGGAGUCCGCUUUCCCGCUGAAGGUGUUCCAGAAGGAUGGGCACCCCGUGUGCUUCGACACCUCCAACGAGGACGACUGCAACUGGAUGAUGCUGGUGCGGCCGGCGGUGGAGCCCGAGCACCAGAACCUGACGGCCUACCAGCACGGCAGCGACGUGUACUUCACCACCUCCCGGGACAUCCCCCCGGGCACGGAGCUGCGCGUGUGGUACGCGGCCUUUUACGCCAAGAAGAUGGACAAGCCCAUGCUGAAGCAGGCCUGCGCGGGCGUCCACGCUGCAGGCACCCCGGACAGCAGCGCCCCGGUGGAAUCGGAGCCGAGCCCGUGGGUGUGCAAAGUGUGCUCCGCCACCUUCCUGGAGCUGCCGCUGCUGAACGAGCAUCUGUUGGGUCACUUGGAACAAACCAAAAGCCUCCCCGCGGCCAGCCAGCAGGAAGGGGCUCCAGAGAGGGAACCUGAGGGGCCUCGGGGGGAGCCUCCUGCAGUUCCCAAGAGCAUCACCUCCACCAAAGAGCAGAAGAAAAAGCCUCGAAGGGGGAGGAAACCCAGAGCCUCGAAACCAGAACAGAAACCGGAACAGCCACUGGUCAUCAUUGAAGACAAGGAGCCUGCAGAGCACGUGGCAGAGAUCAUCGCCGAGGUGCCACCGGACGAGCCGGUGCCUGCAGCGCCGGACCAGCACAUCAUGGAGCUGGUUUUGGGGAAGCUGGCCACCACCACCAGCGAGGCCACCUCAGUGCCCAAGUUCCCGCAUCAUCAGAGCAGCAGCAUCACUCUCAAGAGGAGUCUGAUCCUCUCCGCCCGGCACGGCAUCCGGCGGAAGCUGGUGCGGCAGCUGGGGGAGCACCGGCGGGUGUACCAGUGCGGCACCUGCAGCAAGGUCUUCCAGAACAGCAGCAACCUGAGCCGGCACGUGCGCUCGCACGGUGAGUGCCAGCCGCUCAGGGACGGGGCGCGCGUGGCUCCGGCCGAACAAGUCGUGGAUCGGCUUGUUCUUGUCGGCUCCGCAGGGGACAAGCUGUUCAAGUGCGAGGAGUGUGCGAAGCUGUUCAGCCGGAAGGAGAGUCUGAAGCAGCACGUGUCCUACAAGCACAGCAGGAACGAGGUGGACGGCGAGUACAGGUACCGGUGCGGCACCUGUGAGAAGACCUUCCGCAUCGAGAGCGCGCUGGAGUUCCACAACUGCAGGACAGAUGACAAGACGUUCCAAUGUGAGAUGUGUUUCAGAUUCUUCUCCACCAACAGCAACCUCUCCAAGCACAAGAAGAAGCACGGGGACAAGAAGUUCGCUUGCGAAGUCUGCAACAAGAUGUUCUACCGCAAGGAUGUCAUGCUGGACCACCAGCGGAGGCAUUUGGAGGGCGUCCGGCGGGUGAAGAGGGAAGACCUGGAGACCAGCGGGGAGAGCCUGGUGCGCUACAAGAAGGAGCCUUCCGGGUGCCCCGUGUGCGGCAAGGUGUUCUCCUGCAGGAGCAACAUGAACAAGCACCUGCUGACCCACGGCGACAAGAAGUACACCUGCGAGAUCUGCGGCCGCAGGUUCUUCCGCGUGGACGUGCUCAGGGACCACAUCCACGUCCACUUCAAGGACAUCGCGCUGAUGGACGACCACCAGAGGGAGGAGUUCAUCGGCAAGAUCGGCAUCUCCUCCGAGGAGAACGACGACAAUUCUGACGAGAGCGCGGACUCGGAGCCGCACAAGUACAGCUGCAAAAGGUGCCAGCUCACCUUCGGCCGCGGGAAGGAGUACCUGAAGCACAUCAUGGAGGUGCACAAGGAGAAGGGCUACGGCUGCAGCACCUGCAACCGGCGCUUCGCCCUGAAGGCCACCUACCACGCCCACAUGGUCAUCCACCGCGAGAACCUGCCCGACCCCAACGUGCAGAAGUACAUCCACCCCUGCGAGAUCUGCGGGCGCAUCUUCAACAGCAUCGGGAACCUGGAGCGGCACAAGCUCAUCCACACGGGUGUGAAGAGCCACGCCUGCGAGCAGUGCGGGAAGUCCUUCGCCAGGAAGGACAUGCUGAAGGAGCACAUGCGUGUGCACGACAACAUCCGGGAGUACCUGUGCGCCGAGUGCGGGAAAGGCAUGAAGACCAAGCACGCGCUGCGCCACCACAUGAAGCUGCACAAGGGCAUCAAGGAGUACGAGUGCAAGGAGUGCCACCGCAAGUUCGCGCAGAAGGUCAACAUGCUCAAGCACUACAAGCGGCACAUCGGGAUUAAAGACUUCAUGUGUGAAUUGUGUGGAAAGACGUUCAGUGAGAGAAACACCAUGGAGACCCACAAGCUCAUCCACACGGUGGGCAAGCAGUGGACCUGCUCCGUGUGUGACAAGAAAUACGUCACCGAGUACAUGCUGCAGAAGCAUGUACAGCUCACGCAUGACAAGGUCGAGGCACAGAGCUGCCAGCUGUGCGGGACCAAGGUGUCCACCAGGGCCUCCAUGAGCAGACACAUGCGACGCAAACACCCAGAGGUGCUGGCCGUGAGGAUCGAUGACCUGGACCACCUGCCGGAGACCACCACCAUCGACGCCUCCUCCAUCGGCAUCGUGCAGCCGGAGCUGAGCCUGGAGCAGGAGGAUCUGGCAGAAGGGAAGCCCGUGAAAGCCGCCAGGAGAAGCCACAAGAGGAAGCAGAAGCCGGAGGAGGAGGAGGCGGGGGCGCCGGUGCCGGAGGACGCGGCCUUCAGCGAGUUCUCGGAGAAGGAGCCGGCGUUCACGGGCGGUGUGGGCGACGAGACCGACUCUGCUGUGCAGAGCAUCCAGCAGGUGGUGGUGACUCUGGGAGACCCGAACGUGACCACUCCAUCGAGCUCGGUCGGCUUGACCAACAUCACCGUGACGCCCAUCACCACGGCAGCGGGGACUCAGUUUACCAACCUGCAGCCGGUGGCCGUCGGGCACCUCACGACCCCGGAACGGCAGCUGCAGCUGGACAACUCGAUCCUGACGGUGACCUUUGACACUGUCAGUGGCUCCGCCAUGCUGCACAACCGCCAGAACGACAUCCAGUUGCACCCGCAGCCGGAAACCUCGAACCCGCAGUCCGUGGCCCACUUCAUCAACCUGACCACGCUGGUCAACUCCAUCACGCCGCUGGGGAACCAGCUCGGUGAGCAGCACCCGCUCACGUGGCGGGCGGUGCCCCAGACGGACGUGCUGCCGGCCCCGCAGCCGCAGGCCGCCCCCCCGCCCGCGGCGCAGCCCCAGGUGCCGGCCGAGCAGCAGCAGCAGAUGUACAGCUACUGAGGCGCCGGGCGGAAGGGGGGCCUCGGAUAGGCUUCCCCGUGUAUUGCUGAGAUUUGUUUGCUGGAUACCAAACAGGAAAAGGAAUCACCCGUUGCAAUGCAAGUAAGGUUGACUUAGCUUUUGCAGAAUCGUUGGUCCUCCAGCUUGGCUGCCUCAGCCGGGCAGCUGGUUGGGCUGUGGCCACGCCCCCAGCCUUCCCCAGCAGAAGUGGGUCUGGUGGGCACUGCUCCAGAGAGAACACUUCCGGAGAAGCAGGAUCCCAGAAGGCAGCCCUGUGUUGUUAGGAGCAUAAGGUUUGUUUUAUUUUUCCUCGGGAAUUCAGUCACUGUAUCAAAAUGUGGACGGUCCCACGGAUGGUGACAAGCUGCAGUGACACGCAGCUUUCCCCUGGCUUCGGGAGAGGUUUUGCGAGUGAGCAAGUCGAAGUGAAGGUAACACUGAGUCUCCGCUUUGAAAACUGAGCUGAGUGGGAUUUGUGUCACAGCUUUGGGCUGAACCACGUGUGAGAAUGGCUGUGGGAGCACGGGCCUCCUCUGGCUUCAGGGUCAUCCCGGAUGGAGGUCAUGAGGUCGCUGACUCGGGCAUAAAGGCCUCUUUGUAAUUUAAUUGGUUUUUAGGAUCAUUUUUCUUUUUUACUUCAUUUCAAGCAUAGAUUAUGUGUUCGAGACUCCGCUGUGGCCAUGUUCCUGUUUUUAUUUAACAUGCGAAGUCAUUUGCACUGUAGGACGGUCGGUCCAUGUCCAGGCUGCACAGCUGCCCUGUGCACAGGGGCACGCGGUGUGGGCAACGCGGAAGCCUCGUGCCGCCCCUGUGGGGAUGGCUUCCCUGCCACCACGUGUGUUUAUCAUGACUGAGGCGCAGCCAAAACCCCUGAACUGGAGAACAGGGAGGAAAUUCAUGUGUUUUCUUCCAUUUAAAAUUCCAAAGGUUGAUGAUCAAUUUUCAAGAUCAAUUUCCAAGAUCAAUUUUCUGUACAAACGUGGGAUAAGCUUGGGAAGCAUUGGGUUUCUCUAAAACACAGCGAUCCCGCCGUUUCCCGGCAGGCAGUAAGGAGAGCAGAGGUUAGCUCAGCAGCAGAGCCGAUGGGAUCCAGAACGUGCUGAGUAGCAGCCGGGCCUGCUUCCCGGGACACCAUUGCAUCGGGUGGUGGGCGAGGCUGGGCCCACGGCAGCCCGCCCUUCGGCCGCUCCGCCAGCAAAACAGAAUGAAGUUUGAUUUUUACUCUCCUGGUCUUUUUAACGCCGUCCAAAAUGAAAGGGUACGUCUGCCUUAUUUGUCCUUGCUCGCUCUGUCCCAGACCCUGAUUGAUUUGGGAGACCCUCGUGAAGAAAGACUGAAUAGGAGGCGGCAGUGGCUGAAUGACGCUGCCGGUGAGGCUGAGGACCAUUUGUUGCGCAAAAUGAAUUUUCUCAGCACCUCACCUGUUCCGAGUGGCGAGAGUCAGGGCGGGGCUGGCGUCUGUUCUGUGCAAUACCCGCCUCCAUGAACUGAGGAGACGCCUGCAGAGCCCCCACCUCCACCAGCUCAUCCAGACACUCCCUGCUCUCGCCUCUGGUUGUCGAAGUCAUUGUGGGAGAUUGUGUGACUUUUUAACUUAUGAUAAUUAUUUUUAUGUUAUUUAUGUAUAUAAUUACCUGCUUUUUACAUAAUAGUUCCAUCAAAGGAAUUCGGGCGAGGGGUGAUAGAUUUUCUAAAAUAUUGUCUCCGUUCUCCAAAUGUACCCAGGGGAUUGCCCACAAUGCCAGGGUUCCUAAGAGAUUUUUUAAGAAUCACCAACACACUGACAACUCCUUUCUGCAUUUGCAGAGUAUAAAGGGCAAACGACCAAGUGAAAAAAACACAAAACAAAAAAACACAGACACGAUCAAACAUCUGCUAGCAUUUCCCGUUUAUUCCUCUUCCUUGUGAAGCAAAGGCCUUUUAAAUCACAGUUUUAUUUUUUUAAAGGAGUUGUGUUUGUGCCUAGAGUUAGAAUGCACCGGAUGUUCUUAAAGAGCCUAACGCAGGCUGCGCGGCCCGGUGUCCUACCGCUGUCCACUGAACGACGGGCGGAUAACAACACUUCUUGUUCUGAUAAGUGGGAACUCCAAACAUAAAUGUGGUGGAGUGCUGAGUUUCCUGAGGGUGGACGUGGUCUUCAGAGGGGGACGGGGUCAGGUGUCUGAGUGCACAUGGAAGAAGCUGGGGGGCCAGACCCCAAGUUCUGCUCAGCCCCGCGUCGUUGGCUGUGGGUAGUUCUGUGCCUGUGUCACUGUUCACUAGCAGGAACGUUUCAUUGUUAACCGGUCCCAGUUGCACAGCGGUAGCCACAGAAGCAAAUGAGCCCCAGCCCUCGUGGCCACCAGGCUCUGUGACUCCAACCCGGUCGUUCUAAAUGAAUAAAUCAUGAGAAUUUAUUGGGGCCUCUGGGUUUGUAACGUGGUGUCACUCUGGGCCACAAGACAGCGCGAACCUGGGGGCGUUGGACCCCAGUUCGGACACCUGGCUUCCGAGCUCGGCGGCAGGAAGGGACGGAGCCCCCGGACCGGCUGAACCCUGGGACGUGCUCUCUGCCGACGCCCCCUCUGUGUCACACAGGAAUCCGCUCUGGAGAACCCGGGCGUGGGAGGCACAUCACGGACCGCACUCAUGUUUCCCCGGCUACCGUGCCCGAAGGCGUGAGGCCUGCGCUGCCCACCUGGGGGCGCUGUCCGGACGCUGCCCUUGGUAUUGAAGCUCACUACGACUGUUCGGAGAAGUUGGUGUGUUUCGUGUCCCAUCCGUUUGUCUAAUGAACAAUAAAAGGUGCUGUGACCUGUGUUUU